ACGACCCUUUAUAGCAAAACCGCAAUGGACCGGAAGUUUACUGUAUGAUCCCUGUUUGAUCUGCUACCUUGGCAGAGUAAAAGAGCAAUGGACGAAAUGAACGAAAUAGGAAUAGGAAUGACACCUGAACUGUUUGCUGCUAUGCUGCAGCAUCAGCAGGCAAUGGGAGGUUUUAUGUUCCCUGGAGAAUCAGAUGAAGAUGACGAUGAAGAAAAUGAGGAAGAAAUCCAAAAUAAUCCAAAGAAAAGAAUAUUAUGGGCAGCAGAAAACAAUCAUUUAGACAUAGCAGAAUCAAUUUUACAGUCUGACCCAGAAUUAAUCAAAUCUUGUGACGAUGACAUGUAUACUCCACUACAUAGAGCAUGCUAUAAUGGUCAUGUUGAUAUGGUUAAGUUGCUGAUAAGAAAUAAUGCAGAUAUUAAUGCUAAGACAUCAGAUGGAUGGCAACCGAUACACAGUGCUGCACGAUGGAAUCAGUCAGAAGUUAUUAAAGUUUUACUAGAACAUAAUACAGAUAUUAACUCACAGACAAAUGGUGGUCAAACACCGCUGCAUCUAUCCUCCUCAUGUAAAGAUACUCGGGAAACAUUGACAUUGUUAUUAUCCAAUCCAAACACAGAUAGGACUAUUUUAAACAAUCUUGGUGAAACAGCAGAGACAAUUUGUAAACGGACAAGUGCGCUCUGUAAAUUAUAUGAGGAAAUAAAAACGUAGAAUGUA